CGCCUCCGCCGGCCCAAUGCCCUCCCUCCUCUCCCUCCCUGGCACGUACAUAACCCACCGCCACCGGGCCCUGCCGCUCCCGCUCCCCUCCCGUCCGCCACCGCGCCGAGCCACCUCGCCCGCCUCGCCAUGGCCUCCUCCCUCCCGCCCUCCUCUUCGCUCUCCACCCCGUCCUCCCACCCCGCCCCGCUCCAGCCCCGCAUCCUCCUACCCACCCAGCCGCCCCGCCUCCCCCUGCUCCCCUUCUCGCGCGCCCUCCCGCUCCCGCUCCGCCUCCGCAUUACGCGUCCCAUCCUCCCUGCGCUCCCCCACUCGCACUCCUCCUCCUCCGGCGGCGGCGGCGGCGGCGACGACGGCCACAACAACAACAACAACAGCGGCGGGGAUGGACAAGGGGAUGCCGGUCCCGAUAACCGCGGCGAGGCGCUGUUCGUGCUCGCGCAGCUGGGGAGGAAGCUCGACACCCUGCCCUCCGAUCUCGCCGCCGCCGUCGAGGGCGGCCGCGUCACGGGGGAGAUCGUGCGCCGCUUCAACCAACUCGAGGCCUCCGCGCUCUUCCGCUGGCUGCUCCAGUUCCGGGGCUUCAGGGAGCGCCUCCUCGCCGACGACCUCUUCCUCGCCAAGCUCGCCAUGGAGUGUGGCGUCGGUAUCAUCGCCAAGACUGCAGCAGAGUAUGAGAAGAGGAGAGAGAAUUUUGUCAAAGAGAUUGAUAUUGUCAUAGCUGAUGUGGUCAUGGCAAUUGUUGCAGAUUUCAUGCUUGUCUAUCUUCCUGCUCCAACUGUAUCUUUGCAGCCACCACUUGCAAGGAAUGCUGGAGCUAUUGCCAACUUUUUCCAUAACUGCCCAGAUAAUGCUUUCCAAAUUGCUUUGGCUGGAAGGUCAUUCUCACUUCUGCAGAGGCUAGGAGCUAUACUGAGGAAUGGUGCAAAGCUUUUCGCAGUAGGAACUACUGCUUCUCUGAUUGGCACUGGUGUCACCAAUGCUUCGAUCAAAGCAAGGAAGGCUGUUGAUAAGGACCUUGAGGACGAAGUCGAGGAUAUUCCAGUUGUAUCAACUAGUGUUGCCUAUGGUGUAUACAUGGCAAUUUCUAGUAACCUCAGGUAUCAGAUUCUUGCUGGUGUGAUCGAACAGAGGAUGCUGGAGCCACUGCUGCACAACCACAAGCUACUACUGAGUGCAAUGUGUUUUGCCGUUCGUACGGGCAACACAUUCCUUGGCUCUUUGCUCUGGGUUGACUAUGCCAGAUUUGUGGGCGUCCAAAAGAUUAAAGAAGAGGCCUAAAGUUGCAGCAUCUUGUUUGCAUGUUCUUCUGUCGCUAGGAAUGUUCGGAACACCUUAGAUCCCUCCAGAAUGCUGUUCCCUUCAUUGGAAGCCAAUAGGAUAAAUUCCAAUUUUGUUUGGAAAGCCAGAAGUAGAGAGAUCUGUCGAAUUCUUGUGGACGACGUCGUUGUACCUUGUUUUUAAUUCCAAGUUUGCAACUUGCAAGGGCUGUCAUUUUGGGAAAUAUAUAUAGUACUGAAAUCCAUGAUAGUGCA